GUUGCGCGGGCGGGCUCGAGCUCCAGCGUGAGCAUGAGCACGGCCAGCGGCAGCAUCUCGCUGUCAGGCAGGAAGAAAUGAAGAGUGAAACGCAGCGGCUCAGUGACAGCAGCGAGCAGCCUAAUUUUGACCUUAAGUAUUCCAUACGUACAGGUCACCAGUUUUGACCAUUUCUAAGAUUUGAAGACUAGUUGAAUUCCAGAAACAGGCACAAACUCACUUUAGGAAAUCUGGCUGCUCACAAGAAUGAAAAUAAGUUUUUGACAUGAAGAAAGAUCUGGAGACAUUAAUUGCAGAAGAAAGGGCUGGAAUAAUUUCCAAUUAUAACAAGGGCAGGCAAAAUGGGGCCUCAAUUGAUCCCUGGGAAGAUUUCAAUUUAUAUAAAGUUGUGGACAGAUUUGGCUUUUUGCAUGAACAUGAACUGCCUAUGCCAACAGUAUUGGAGGAAAAGCUUAAACAUUUAGAGAUUGAGAGAAUACCAAAAUGGAUCAAAAUGGUUAAAAAAUGGGACAAGUACAGAAACAGCGACAAGAUGAUACGAAGAAUUUAUAAAGGAAUUCCCCUACAGCUGCGGGGUCAGAUUUGGUCACUGCUGUUAGAUUUAGAAAAAUUGAAGUCUGAGAAUGAAGGAAAAUAUGAGAAAAUGAAAUUACAAGCACAAAGUGUUUCAGCUGAUAUUAAACAAAUAGACCUUGAUGUAAAUCGCACUUUUAGAAACCAUAUCAUGUUUCGGGAUCGAUAUGGAGUGAAACAGCAAGCAUUGUUUCAUGUACUCGCCGCUUAUUCUGUGUACAACACGGAGGUGAGCUACUGUCAAGGAAUGAGCCAAAUUGCAGCAAUUUUACUGAUGUAUUUGAAUGAAGAAGAUGCAUUCUGGGCACUGUCUCAAUUACUGACUGACCAGAAACAUGCAAUGCAUGGAUUUUUUAUUCCUGGAUUUCCAAAGCUUCAACGGUUCCAGACACACCAUGAUCAGAUUUUAAGUAAACUCAUGCCAAAGCUCAAGAAGCAUAUGGACAAAGAGCAGAUGUCUACAGGGAUAUACACCACAAAAUGGUUCUUGCAAUGUUUCAUAGAAAGGACACCAUUUACACUGACACUGCGGUUAUGGGACAUCUACAUUCUGGAGGGGGAAAGAGUCCUUGCUGCAAUGGCAUAUACUAUCAUGAAACUGCACAAAAAGCACCUGAUGAAAAUGUCAUUAGAAGAUCUCCGAGAAUUCCUUCAGGAAAUUAUGUCAAAAAACUUUCAAUAUGAUGAUGAUGUUGUUAUUGAACAACUGGAAAGGUCCAUGGUGGAGCUCCGGAAAUUGAAGCUGGAACUUCCUCCGCCAGCAAAAGCUGAUGAAUUUCCCAACAAACCAUUAGGCCAGGAAUUUGCUGUCACCUUAAUACCAGAGAAGGAUAACAUCAUAGUCAAUGGCAAGAAUGAAAAGGUUAAUUCCAUUUCAAAUAACUUUGAACCUGAUAAUGAUGUAGACAGAGAAUCACCGGAAAAAAACUGUAUCCAGCCUUCUGUGCCUGAGCCUGUGGAAGAGAGUGAGAUGUCUCCUGAAAAUAAUGGGAAUCCUUGUCCAGAGGAGAAUGAUACUAAUUUUGUCGAAAUUUGUGAAAUUCAAGCUCCAAUCCAUGACAACUCCAUGUCUCCCAUAAAAGACCAAACACAUCUACCACAAGAGGAUGAAUCUGUGCUUUCAGAAAUGAGUCCAGCUCCAAGCCCAGUAAAAGAUUCAAAGCAGUCUCUUAAGAAGGAAGACAUCCCACCUGCUCAAAAUAAUGGGACUAGAAUUGCAGAAAAUUAUGCAAACUCAAAUUUUAAAGAAGCUAACUAUAAAGCUCCAGAAAAAGAAACUACCAGUUCUCCAGAAGAGAAUAUGAUCACUUGUCAAAACAUGAGAAAAGUUGAAUAUACAGAAAAAACUGAAAUAGCUAAAACUCAGUUCCUAAAAGAACAACCUGCAUUUUGCUCAGAAAUUAAUCAAGUAUCAGUACUUCAAAAUAUGGCAACAAAGUCUCCACAGAAAUACCAGGUACUUGUUUCAGGGGAUGAACAGACACUAGAUGAAGAAGACAAUAGUGGUAGUCCCUCUCCAGGGAGUAAUGAUGGAUUGACAGAUUUGGCAAACAAUGAGAAUGUGCCAUUAUCUUGUCCAGAGCCACCACCUGCAGUGACACUGUCUGAAGGCAUGCAUUUCUUGCUCCCAAAUCCAGAAGAAACAUUGCAUAGAUAUUCUAACCCCAAUAUCCCUCAACAAUUGGAAACACAUCUCCCUAUUGAUCAACCACAAUCUAUAGUGACAGUGAAGUUUUCAGCUGCAGAAAAGGAGAACUCAUCCUUGAGUGAUUUAACACAAGAAACUUCAACAGACUUGAACAGACCAGAAAUAGAAAGUGCAGAUGAGUUCCAAAGUAAAACGCGAGUUUCAAAUGUUACCCAAUAUGACAACUUAUCUGAUACUGAGUAUAAGUAUGAUCAGAAUAUUUCAGAACCAAUAACUGAAAUUCAAUAUGAUGAAAAUGAUGCACUUAUUCCAAAGGAACUUGUGGGUGUAGAACCGGCAGACACAGUCAGUACACCCAAACGAUUUUCAACAUUAGAAUUGUCAGAUGACCCACAAUCUGUGGAACCGGAUUCAGUUUCGUAUCAACAGAUCUGGGACAUUUACAGAUCUGAAAACCAUGCCAUGCCUUCUGCUCAGCACAGCCCUUCCAAAUUUUCACCAACUAUGCACAAACAGGACCAUAUGAAAGAUGCAAAUUUGCAGAGUCCUCAGCAUCUGAUUGCUAUCACACAGACCUCACCAGCCAUGCAGUGUUUAAAUAGCCCCUGUAAAAUAGUCCGGUCUAUGUCUUCAGUUCAUGUGGCACAUGGGACUGAGCAAAAUCUCCUGAAAUUCAAGCACAUGGCAUUGCCUGUACAGGAUGAUUCACAGUUGGUUGCAACCUGUGAUGAAAAAGGGACCUGUACAAUUAGAGAGACUGGCUCACUUGAAGUUAAUACUCCAGUUACUAAUGUGACUCUGGAUAAAACUGUAAGUUUGAUAGAAGUACCAACCCAUCUUUUUGUACAUUCCUCUCAUACAGAUGCAAAUAUGCAACAAAAACACAUCACAGCUGCAAUAGAAAAUUUAGGCACAGAAAUUUGUUUGGCAAACUCUCCAGAUGCCCAAGAUUGCGAAUAUAUUAAAUUAUGACAGAAUUCAUUCCAGUUGAAUCAUAAUACAUAUGUAUAAAGUUUCAUCAGUUACAAUGGUCAAAUACUUCAAAAUGAUGCAAGCAUUUCAUAUCACAAAAGCAGCCACAUAUUUUCCUAGUUAUUGAACUAAUUGUUCACUGUGCUUUAUUGAGGGCUGCAUGGUCAUUGAGUCACAAUAGAAAGCUAUGCAAACAGUGUCAUUUCAUUCUUUACAUUUUAAAAAAAUCUUGUAACUAAUCUGCACAUUUGACAAAAUAUGGAUGCAGGUAAAUAUAUUUUCUUGUUUCAUAAAAUAUUUUAUGAUUAUUUUUGACCUAUAUAAUUGAGAAAUACCUGUCUUGUAGCAGAUCAAACAUUGUUUAAUCUUUUGCAUGACCACCUCAAAAUGCCAUGAAAAUUUGAAAGGCAGCGAGCAGGCUCACUAUAUGAGACAUUGUAGCACAGACUAUUACACAAGCAGCUUUCACAUGGUUUUCCCAAGUGGCUGAUAUUUUUCAUUCACAUCACAAGAUAGGUGACAGGCAGGGCAGACAGGAUUUCUCAGGAGUUAUUUCUAUCUUGCUUGAUUUUAAUGCAUUCUAGUACAGAGGUAAUACAAUGAAACCGUAUGAUGCUUGAUUGGAAAUGGUAACAUCACACAUAAGAUGACUUCUUAGCUUUGGAAUAUAUUGAAGAAGUUACUGAAAUUGCAUUCUUUACAGCAUCUUUUGAAGUUGCUGAGUAUGUAAAUAUUUAAACAGUUAUGCAUUUUCUGGCAUGUUUUUAGUUUCCUAUUUUUAUCAUUUUUAAGGCUUUAAAAAAAUCCUUUAAAUAGCUGUGGUGUGGCGCCUAAAAACCUGAAAUGUAGUUGUUGAUGUUUACUAUAAAUUUUAGAACAAAGAUUUCAAAAAAUAGUGCUUUAAAUAUGCUUGUGAAUACUUCUAUUUGGUGGGGGGGAGUGGGGUUCUAAAAAUCUUAUCCUGACCCUUGCCUUGCCCAUAACCAUCUGUAUAACAUUUUGAUCACUAUUGAGAAGGUCAUACUGUGUCACAUCAAAUCAGAAAUAUGGUAUUUUUGCUCGAUGACCACUUCAAAUAGUAAUUACUUGCAGCAAGCAGAAAAGGACGUGUGUCGGUGCUGUGAGCACACAAAUGUUAAGUGUGUUAUAAGCGUUUUAGUAAAACAUAUAUUAACUCUGUAAACUGAAUGGAUGUAUUUAACUGGUGUGUGAUGUGUAUAGUUUUGUUUGUAAAGACUUCAUAAUUUUGCACUUUUUAUGAGCCUACUUUAGACAAGCAAGUUAGCUUUAUCUUUAAAAAGCUAUAAGGUUUCAAUGAUGCAUUGAUAGUGGGAAAAUAAUUUUGUCCUACUUGUUAAAAUUUUGUAAAGUUGUUUUUGCAGGACUUCUACAUUGCCAGUUUUUCUUUUUAUCUGGAAAAGUGAAUAACUUGGAAUAGUGUGGAAACAUUAUUUUAUGUCACGCACCAACAAUGUUGUGAAGAAAUCUUUUAAAAUGUUUUUGAUAUGUUCCAUUGUGUUUUGUGGCUUUAAUUUAACAUGAUGAAAAUAUCGUGCAAAAAAUUGUUGACUUUUGAUUAACAGACAAGAUGGAAAAAGAGGUGUAUUUUAACUACAUCUGAUUGAAAGCAGUGAGUAGCCAGUUAAAGUUGCAAAGAUUAUUUAAGUUCAGCAGUUGUUGAUUUUAACCAGCCUGAUGUUGUAUGCAGGUGACAAACCACCUAAAUUUAGGGGCCAUAUCUGAUCACAAGAAGGCCCUUUAAGCAGUUUUAAUCAAGUUUUGACAAGAGACUAUAGCAGCAUGUCUGAAAGCAAAGUCAGUGUUUCCAUUAUGAGGCCAGGAAGAGCGCAGAUUGUUUUUUAUUUUUUUGUUACUAUGUAAAAGAAGAGUGCUUUUUCAAUUUGGUGCCAAAUUCUGUCUCAUUAAUCACUUACGAAUGAUUGUAUAGAUUUACUGGAUUUAAGCCCUUUCCCCUCAUCCACUCUUACUGGACACAAGAGGUUGCUUUCAUUCACAGAGCUUACAUCUGGCAGAAUGCUGAAAAAUAACUGGGGAGAGACCUGAUAAGUCUGACCUUUAUCUACAUUAUUUCUUUGUUUUCCAUAUAUUGUUUCUGUUAGUACAAAAGAAAUUUGCUUUGAGUCAUAUUUAAUUUGAAUUCAGUCUCUGGUUCUUCUUACUAUUCUGCAGCAACAUUGAAGCUGUUAUUUAAUGUUAAGUACCAGUUUAAACAUUUCUGCACAGUAUUUAAUAUUGUAAUUGUAUGUUAGUUUCUAAAUUUAGAGCAUAAAGCAAAUUUCUCAGAAUAAAUCAGUUUACAAAAAAGAGCUGUAAGGAAAAGUGUGUCCAAUUAAUAAUAAAUUCACCAGAAUUUUAGUAGCCAGCAUAGAUGUUACUGGUGUUGUUGUCCAACGUAGAUGUUGUUGUAUAGGUGUUGCUGGGUUAGCACAGUUUAUGAAGAUGCAAUUGAUUGAUUCAAAACAAGAGUACUAUCACUGAAAACAGUAAAGAAAAUGCGGGCACAAAGAAGAUGACAAAAAAAAAGUCAAAAAGCAGAAGAGAGGGAGCCCUGUAAGAGAAAGAAAUUGUGCAAACACAUUAAAUUAAUACUAACUGAUACAUAUGAACUCUUAGCACAGAGAGAGGAACAAAGAAACAAGGAAUAUUUGACAAUUUGAGAAAAUUGAACCAAUUCAAAGAAUUUGUCCCAGACUGAAUGAAACAUUGGGCUGAAUUUUACAGCUCCCACGGGGGCAGGUUGGCAGAUGGUGGUGGAGACCCUAGUAAAAUUGGGCAUCAUGUCAGCAGUGCUAACCCUGAAGCAUUUUUAUCCGUGGUGAGGAGACCAGUACCAAUUAUCCAGUUUGCCCAGUGAAAUGUCAUGGGCCAGUGAACAAACAGAGGGGACCCUCCACUUUGCCUCCCUGUGCUAGUCAGAGGCCCCUAUCAAAGAUAAUCCUCUCUUCAUUUCAUUGUCCUGUGUCUCAUCCAUUCUGAGCCUCCUUGCUGGGGCCUACAAUCCUGUCCCUCAUAGGAUCCCAGACCUACUUUGAUGUCUGGCUCCUUUGCACUGCAUUUACUUGGAGAUUGCUGCAGGCUCAACAGUGGUCAUACACAUGGUGGAAAAGAGCUAACGGCUGUGGGGAAAGUUGGCCAAGCAGUAGUGGGCUAAUCCCCAAAUUUUACACCAUGGGUAAGGACAUUGUCCCCACAAUUUAUAAAAGUUAUAUAUUUAUAAUUUAAGAUGCAAUUCUCCUGACUGUCCCCUCUUUCAUAAUUUUUUUGGUUAAUUCAUAAUAUGGGCAUUCUGACUGGGCCUGCAUUAAUUACCCAUCCCUAAUUGCCUUGAGAGUAUAGUGGUGAGUUACAUAUUGUGCUGCUACAGUCCAUGGGUGAAGGACAUCAACAGAGAUGUUAGGAGAGAGGUCCCAGGAUUUUCGUCCAGGGACAGUGAAGAAGCAGUGAUGAAGUACCAAGUUAGGAUGGUAUCUGCUUUGAAGGGGAAUUUAAAUUCAGUAGUGUACCCAUUGCAUUUUCUGCCCUUUACCAUCCAGAGGGAUGAGGUCAUUUAUUUAGAAGUUGCUUUUGGAGGACCUAAUUUGUGGUUGGAACAUGCUGCUGUCAAUGUACAUUUGUGGUGAAGAGACUGAACGUUGGUAACGAAUCAGGUCCCAUGCUUUAUCCUGGAUGUUGUUACACUUCAUGUUGUUCGAACUGUAUCUCACUAGACAAGUGAAGAAUAUUCCACCACACUCUUGACUUAUUCUUUGUACAUUGAGGACAAGCACUGGGGAGGCAAGUUACUUAACUCAGAAUUCCCAGCCUCUGACCUGCUCUUGGAGCACAUUAUUUAUGUGACUGGGUCAGUUCAGUUUCUCAUCAAAAUUAUAAGGUUAACAAAAUUAUUUCAAUUCUUAAAUAUAAAACAUUUCCUGGUGAUGAAGUUUAUAAGCAGUACCUUUCUCUGUUAAUAUUUAGUGUAAUGUUAUCCAAAACACAGAAUGAUUUUGUUUGAGAUGCUUGAGGAAAUAACAAAGUGAACAGCAACUGAAGGGGCAAAGGCUAUGAAAUUCUUAAACUCACACUAUUUGUUCUUAUCCUUUUCCUGUUACCCUUGGGAAUGUGCUCAAAUAUUGACAAAGUGUGUUGUACUGAAAUCACUGCAAGAUUCUAAAUUGGCUUCAAAGUUCUUGUUGGAUCAGCAGAAACAGGAAAUCAAACACGAAAGGAAAUCCCCUUCAUCUGCAGUUCAAGGUAUCUUUGCAGGAGGAUGAAAAUGUAUUGUAAAAUAGAGGGGGUAGGAAACAGGAUCACUAGUGUGGGAAAUUGUAAAAAAAAUGUAUUGCAAAAAUAUAAGAGCUCUUUUAUGUUUAAUUCUUUGUCAUUACAUUUUUGUUGUAUCUCCAGAACUUUUUUAACCUGACUUUGAAUUCUCAAUUUGUUAUGUUGACCUCCGAAUUACUAAUCUAGUAGCAUGUAGUUAAUUGUGCACUUUUAAAAAGCCUCAGAAUGGAAAAAAACACACAUUGAAUUAUGAGUAAAAUGAAUUAUUCUUUUACUUUCAACCUGUUUUCCAAGAGCUCCCAGUGGAAUAGAGAUAAAUUCACCCGAAGUAGUGUAGGUAAUAUGUUCCACAUCAAUGUUGGGUGUUGACAGAGGUUCCGCUCUUUACUGAUGGCCACCAUAAACUUUUAAUGUUCAUUGCUCAAGGUUACCCAUGAAGAAUGACCACAUGAGCUAAAUACUGGGUGGAACUCAUGAGAAUCAUAUCCAAGACUCAGUGAGAAAGAGGUAGACAAGUUAGAGAAAUUUGCUUUCAAAAUAUCAACUUUGAUCAAUCUAUUUACAUUUAUGUAAUUUUACCAUAUCUGAUCAUUAAGAAUGCAAGAUUGAAAUGUGGAAAACUCAGUUGUGAAAUUGGACUCCAUAGUAGGACUUACACCAAUGUGACAUAAGUCAUGCCUCCCUUCCAACAUCGCCAGCACAUUGUGCAAAGCUGCAAAGAAGGCCCAGUGCAGAUGCGCUCUGCAUGAGCCAUUAGCAUCAGGAGUGGAGAGACCCUGAUGUCCAAUAGCUGUUCCAACUGAAAUGAAACAAAGAGCUGUUGAUACUGGAGAUCUGAAACAAAAAUAAACUUGCUGAGUUUUGCUAGCAAUUUCUAACAGCAUCUGUGGGAAGAAAGCAGAACUAAGGGGGAGCCACCAGACUCAAAAUUUUAAUAUUGAAUUUCUCCAGCAAUUUCUGUUUCCAUUCGUCCUCAGACAAAUAUGCAUUCAGCUCCACUACAGAUACCUCUCAAGUCAAGUUGGGGUGGCACGGUGGCUCCAUGGUUAGCACUGCUGCCUCACAGUGCCAGCAACCUGGGUUCGAUUCCUCUGUCCGGCGACUGUGUUGAGUUUACAUGUGUUUGCGUGGGUUUCCCCUGGGUGGUCUGGUUUUCCCCCCACAGUCUAAAGAUGUGUAUUGUUAAGUGGAUUGGCCAUGCUAAAUUGCCCAUAGCAUCCAGGGAUGUAUAAAUUGUCAGUUUACAAGGGGGAUAUGACUGGGUGGGAUGCUCUGAGGGUUGAUGUGGACUUGUUGGGCCAAAGGGCCUGUUUCCACGCUGUAGGGGUUCUAUGAUUAUACUUAAAAGGCCAGGCAUCCAAUUUGUAGCUGGGAUACGUUUGGGUUCUGUGGAAAUGUCACUAGACCCAAAAUGUUAACUCAGAUUUUUCUUCUCAGAUGCUACCAGACCUGCUGAGCUUUUCCAGCAACUUCUUUUUUGUUCCUGAGGUACAUUUGACUUACUUCCACUGUGGUGUAGCUUGUGGAAAUACUACGGCCUGUUUUUUGGAAAUGUUUUGGUAAAUUGGUGUGUCUAUUCAAGAUGGUAGAGGAUUUGGUCACCUGUUCAAAAGCAAGAUUUGGAUGCUACAGUCGCAGUGCUGCUUGUCCGUGAUAUGACCCACAGAUGGAGCAAAGACUGCAGAGGGGACAAAGUCAGCAAAGAGGCAGAUGCAAGAGGACUCCACAAAGGCCCAAUCCACCGCAAAUUUUAAGAGAGCACUUCUUACACCGCCCCCUCAUUCAAGAGCAAUACCUAAGGCAAUUCAAAUUCCACAAGUAGAAGACUACAAAACUCCAGUGCUCCUUUCAAAGCGACCUACAGCCACGCACCCAAGCAAAGAGA